CUUUCAAGUCAUGUGAUGAACAAAAUGGUGGCUGCCAUGUCGCCGUAAAUGUUAUUCGACUGUUGAACCGUGCGACAUGGAAUCUUACAUUCAUGGAAAGGAUUAGAACUACUUGUUUCCAUUUCUUAAGGUUUGUCACUUAAUUGGAGUUGAAGAAGUCAAGUACUAGUCCUUGAUUCAAGUGACAAGCUCCACUCCUAUUUUUAUCACUGACAAUUUGGCGUCAGCUGUCAAAUCCACCGCCCUAUAUCGUGGAGAUGGCAGAAGGUAAGAGGAGAUGGACAUUGGCAUAUCUUGACUUAGUUGAAGUUCCCUUUGAUCUUGCUGAAAAAUACGGAGGACUGAUCGAAGAGCUGGAUUUAAGUUACAACCGAGUGACAGAUUUACGUUUCAUGAGUGACUUCCCCAAAGUGUCGACACUGAUCCUGGAUCACAACAACAUCUCCUGCCAAGUGAAGCUGCCGUCUCUGCCUGAACUCAUUACACUAUGGGUCAACCACAACAAGAUAAGAAAUCUGGGUGUGUUUGUCGCCACAAUUUCAAAGACGUGCCCGAAUCUGAGGUUUUUGUCCAUGAUGAACAAUGAAGCUGCCCCCAGCUACUUCAACGGAGGAUCCUAUCAGCAGUACGUCGACUUCAGGUACUACGUGAUCAGUAAGAUCCCUACCCUGGAGGCACUGGAUGACAAGCAAGUUACUUCGGACGAGAGAAGAGAGGCCGAGAGAAUAUACAGGAAGCCAAUCAAGAGAAGCAAGAAGAACAGCAGCAGCAACAACGCUGCCAAACGACGAAGCAGUUGCUGGAACUGAGUUGUCUCCUCGUCAGACUUUCUCCACAAAGUGAAACUAAUAUCCCUGUGAACUUUCCCCGAAUAUCUCGACAAUGAAUACCAUUGUUUGUUUAUAAUGAGAAAAGCUCAUUUUGAUUAAUACCAAUCCUUUCAAAUCUGCACUCAUUGAUUGAGGCAGGGAUUUUUGUUUAGGACUUUGAAUUCUGGGGGGGUGAACGGUUAUCCCCCCCAAAACUUCUACUUGCCAAAACCUCUACGCUUAGUUAAGAGAACAUGUGGGUUCACCUAUUCUUAUAAUGGACCAGCCCAAGGGCAUUAAUUUGUAGUAGGACAAGCUGGGAUAAAUGACAUGAAUUAACUUGACCUAAGAUCAAACAGUGGUUAGUUUGUUUAACUCCAACAACUAAGGGAUUAUAGUGAGUGAGUGAGUUGGUUUAACACCGCUUUUAACAAUAUUCCAGUUAUAUCACAGCCUGUCUGCUUUAUGUGGGAGGAAAGCCCGAAGUGAUGCAGGUCUUAAGACAUUUACCACUUC